ACUCCACUAGGCACUAGCCCACUAAAUAUAAUGGGGAAGGGAGAAAUUAUGUCAAGUAAACUUGGCGGGAAAAACGAAAGCAGCCAUUAAAACAACCAUAAUAUCUUGAAACUUGAACUACUCGCUCAUUCUCUCUCCUCUUAGCAACUACAACAAUGGAGAAAAGAGAUGAACCAAUACCCAUUAAACUAGAUGAAGAAGAUGAUGAAAUCAUUCCUACUACAACCAAAGAACCCCCUAAAAUCCAUCGUUUAGAUGAAUCUGUAAUCAACCGUAUCGCCGCCGGUGAAGUCAUCCAACGUCCAGUAUCCGCCAUUAAAGAGCUCGUCGAGAACAGCCUCGAUGCUCAUUCUUCCUCCAUUAAUGUCGUUGUCAAAGAUGGUGGUCUCAAACUCAUUCAAGUCUCCGAUGAUGGUCACGGAAUUAGGUUUGAGGAUUUGCCGAUACUUUGUGAACGGCAUACGACGUCGAAGUUGUCGAAAUUUGAGGAUUUGCAGUCGAUUACAUCGAUGGGGUUUAGGGGUGAGGCUUUGGCAAGCAUGACUUAUGUUGGUCAUGUGACGGUGACUACUAUAACCCCAGGCCAAUUGCAUGGAUUCAGGGUGUCUUAUAGAGAUGGUGUUAUGGAGAAUGAGCCUAAACCUUGUGCUGCUGUGAAAGGGACUCAGAUCAUGAUCGAGAAUCUUUUCUAUAAUAUGACUGCACGGAAGAAAACACUUCAGAACUCUAAUGAUGAUUAUCCAAAGAUUGUUGACUUGCUAAGUCGGUUUGCAAUUCAUCACAUAAAUGUGGGCUUUUCUUGUAGAAAGCAUGGGGCUGCAAGAGCUGAUGUUCAUAGUGUUGCCACAUCUUCUAGAACUGAUGCGAUCAGAGCUGUUUAUGGUGUAUCUGUUGCUCGUAAUCUAAUAAAGAUAGAAGCCUCAGAUGAUGAUCCAUCUAGCUCAAUGUUUAAGAUGAAAGGUUUCAUCUCCAAUUCCAAUUACGUGGCCAAGAAGAUAACUAUGGUGCUUUUUAUUAAUGAUCGAUUGGUUGAGUGCUCUGCUUUGAAAAGAGCUAUCGAAAUUGUAUAUGCUGCAACUUUGCCCAGAGCAUCAAAACCUUUUGUAUACAUGUCAAUUACAUUACCACCUGAGCAUGUUGAUGUGAACAUACAUCCAACAAAACGUGAGGUAAGCCUUUUGAAUCAGGAAGUUAUAAUUGAAAAGAUACAGUCAGAAGUGGAACUGCAAUUGACAAACUCCAAUGAGACAAGAGUAUUUGAAGAACAGGUGAUGCAGUCCUCCCCUUCAAUUCCUGUAGGAACAAGCAAAGAUUCCCUUUCUAGUCCUCCAGCUUCUGCAUCAAAGUUGCAGAAGGUUCCCGUGCAAAAGAUGGUUAGAACUGAUGCAUUAGAUCCAGCAGGAAGGUUGCAUGCAUAUAUGCAAGUUAAGCCUUCUACUCAGCUUGAAAGAAAUGCUAGCUUGAAUUCUGUAAGGUCUUCAAUUAUUAGACAAAGGAGAAAUCCCAAGGAGAGUGCAGAUCUUACCAGCAUUCAGGAGCUUGUUGAGGAAAUUGAUAAUAGCUCUCAUUCUGGCCUUCUUGAUAUUGUCAGAGGCUGCACUUAUGUUGGAAUGGCAGAUGAUGUUUUUGCAUUGUUACAGUACAAGACUCAUCUUUAUCUGGCAAAUGUAGUAAACUUGAGCAAAGAACUCAUGUAUCAGCAAGUCCUGCGUCGUUUUGCUCAUUUCAAUGCUAUAAAAUUGAGUGACCCUGCUCCUCUCCCUGAGUUAAUAAUGCUGGCACUCAAAGAGGAAGAUAUUGAUGCAGAUGACAGUGAGGAUGAUGAUUUGAAGAAGAAAAUUGCUGAGAUGAACACGGAGCUACUCAAGGGAAAAUCCGAAAUGCUGGAGGAGUAUUUCUGCAUUUACAUAGAUCCUCAAGGGAAUUUGUCCAGGCUUCCUGUCAUACUUGAUCAGUACACACCUGACAUGGAUUGUGUUCCUGAAUUUGUUCUUUGUCUUGGCAAUGAUGUUGACUGGGAGGAUGAGAAAGUUUGCUUUCAAACAAUCUCAGCUGCUCUUGCAAAUUUCUAUGCCAUGCAUCCACCUAUUUUGCCAAAUCCAUCAGGUGAUGGCUUACAACACUAUAGAAGAAAAUCUCAACCUGCUGUGAUUUCUAUUGAUGAAGAUAUGAACAGAUCUGCUCCUAGUGAGGUUAAGGACGAUGAGAUUGAACAUGAACUACUUGCAGAAGCAGAGACAGCUUGGGCACAACGUGAGUGGUCUGUGCAGCACAUCCUAGUUCCUGCUAUGAGACUCUUUCUUAAACCCCCUAAUUCAAUGGCUAAAGAUGGGACUUUUGUACAGGUGGCCUCACUGGAGAAGCUUUACAGAAUAUUUGAAAGAUGCUAACAGGUUAGACUUGAAACUCUUAGCUAAGAUGAGGAAAAAUGAUUGUUUGAAAUAUAGGGGAUGUAUAUAAGUAUGAAUGAAUGAUAACUUUAAUUAGGUGUCACCUGUCUUCUGUACAUACAAAUUGUCUGAUGUCAUCUGCAGUAUGUAUAAACUGCUGAUUCAACAAAUACUUUAGACUUUCAAUGUGAAAAUGUUGUAAACUUCUCCACUUAUUAUUCAUGCUUUUUGGCCAAAAAGCAAAUUUAUCCUAGAAAUUCCGAUCUAUCCUUGAGGGUAAAGUGACUAUAAGUUUAUGUCAAGUCGUACAAUUUUUAAUGUUACCUCAAUAUCAGCUUAGACUAUGAUAUUCUAUUUUUUUUUUUUUUUUUUUUUGGUUGUUGUGUGAAGAAGUUACAUUAGUUUGUUUGCUUCAAGUAAGAAAAUUCUAUGAUGCGUCUUAAGAAAAUUCCAUUGGUUGAGAUGUAUGCUGUUUGUGCAUUAGAUUAUUAUGGAAGUAUAUACUUGUACUCUGUAUAUGGUGACUCUGAUGGUCCAAAUCUCACUCACAAAAACACAACUCUUGGUCUGGGAUUAUUAGGUUGUAGGUAUGUUGGGUGUGUUGGGAGACGUACAGUAGAAGUAUUUUUGGUGGCUAUUAAUAAGAAAUUAUGUUACAGAGCAUUUUCCGUAAAUAUUUAGAAAGUUAAAUGUAAAUUCGUUACGAGUUCAAAUAGUAUCAAUUGAGCAUUGUAAUGAACAAAUUUCAAAAUACGUAUUAGUUAAAAUGGUACUCCGUAUUAACAUGUGGUUUCAACCAAUUAUUUUAUCUUUUCUUUUUUCUCCCUUUUCAUCGCCUAAUACACCCACAUUUUUGUUACCUCUUCAUUUCUCUCUCAACUUUGUGAUAUUAAAUUACCCUUUAACCCUUGUGAAAUAUCAGGGCUACAAGCCUUCAACUAUCUUAUUUAGACUCUGCCUGCCAAUGAAUCACUUGUACAAAAAUCGACAAAUAGGAGAGUUUGGACUACAUCCAACUAUCUAAGCUAUUAAACAAAAUUGGAGUGUUUGGACAACAAGUACGGAGAAUUAAACAAACUCAUAACAAAAAAGUAAUAAUUUUUAGUGAUUUGGUGUUACAUUUUUUUUUGUUUGUUUAUUGUAAGAUACAUUUGAUUUUUAUAUUAAUCCAACAUUUUGUAACUAUUCAUGGAUUAUGGAAAAAUACCUACUUUCUCAUAGUAGACAUUCAUUAUUAUAUUAAAAAAAAUCGUUGGAAAAUUGGUACAAAAUUGUUGACGAAUGAAUAAAUUCCAAUAUGUUAACCACUUUCUAUUUCUGUGUGGGAGAAGAUUAUGCUUUUGUUUGAGAAGACUGAAUUAUAAGCAUGCAGUUGAUAUAUAGUCAACAUCUUCAGUCACUGUUACAUUUACAAUUUACAGCUGAGAUUUCAAACAAGUAAUUGACCUUGCAAACCUAUAUUAUUUAAAUAAUACAUUUUGUACUAUUCUCUCCUACAUGUCUACAUGUUUCUAUAUCAAUAUAUUCAUUGAAAUUGAAGUUUUAACCUUCAUUGUUUUAUUUUAAAUACUUAAAUAACAACUUAACAUUCUAUAUUCAUGGCAAAAUCAUUCUCUCCAUUAUAAAAGUAACCUUAAUGUAUGUUUUUGUUAUUAUUUCAAAAUCAUAAAGAUAUUGCUUGAAAUUGUCAUAAGAUGAUGUACUACAUAUCCUAUAUAUAAAGUGAAAGGGGAUUUUGGGCGAUAAAUUUCACUUUCUCAAAAUACCCCUCUCAUUUUUGUUUUACUUUUUUUUUAAAAAAAACUACCAUCUAAAACAUAAUACCAUCCUUUAAUAAAAACUAUCAUCU